AUGACGAAAGCCUGGAAGGAGUACCGUGACACCAUCACGAGGCUCUACAUCACGGAGUCCCGGACUCUGGAGGAAGUCAAGGAUAUCAUGCAGAGGGAGCAUAGCUUCAAGGCAUCAACUAGGUCGUACCGCCAGCAGUUCGAUAAGUGGCAACUGGGCAAAUACAACUGCAAGAAACGCAACGUCCGCCGCCUGUCCCAGCAGAGCGGGAUCCAGAUGGAAGCAAGCCCGACCCUCAUCGGCCUCGGCUCGCCAGACGACGGCGGCGGCCCCAACAGCCCGUCCCACAGUCUCGCCAGCAUGAGCCCGGAGCUCGACCACGAGUCGUCCUACUACAGCCCCCAGGUCUCUGCCGGCAUCUCCAUGUACCAACAAGCCCACCACAGCUCGCAGCUGCCUUCCUGGGAGCAUCACCAGCCCGAGAGGACGUGGGGACAGGUCUCCGCCGCUUCGCCCAUGGGCCCGAGCCACCAGCAGACGGGGGCUUCCCCCGGCCCGUCGCACCUCGACUUUGACGACAUCUUGAGGCAGACCGCGCAGCAGACGGGCCACGGCGCGGAGAUGCACUCGCCUCACCCCGUCCAUCCACAGUCCUCGUACUCUGUCGUCCUCCGGCCGGGGGAGCAGCCGGUCCAGCAGAACGCCAGGAUCGCCCCUGAGUACCGGUACAACCCAUAUCCGUACCAGUCUGGCGCACGCUGCGGCUUUCGCAGGUGA